GCAGAAAGUGACAGAUGCUUUAUAUACAUGAGCCGUAAAUAAAACAAAUCCUGCUUAUAUAUUAUGUAAUAUAUGAGACUUAUUAAUAGAAAAUCUCCAGAAUUGACACCUAUACAAAGGCCUCCAACCCUCUUUCUUAGAGAAGGGAAAUGGAUGCUCAUCCCUCUAUGAGGGGUAGGAAACCCCAGUGCCUUGAUGUCCUGGAUUGCAGCCAUAGCAAUUACUCUAAAGACCUUAGUGUUAAGAACAUAAGCCACUUAUAUGCUGAAUGCUGAAACCCCUAAUAUUAAAACCCUUUACUUAAAAAAACUAAAGUAAUAUAACCCUAAUGAUGUGGUUCAUGUACUGAAUGUAACUUUCUCAUUCAAGUAUGAAGUUUUUACAUUAGAUGCCAAAGCACAAAUAUUUUUACAUUUACUUUAAACAUAGUGGAAAAGUGUGAUGGGGCCUUGCACUGGACAAUGAGUGAAACCUAUGCUUUUACACAACUGCCAUUGAUUUAAAUUGAGAUCACACAGGAGUUAUUCCUAACAAAUUGAGUUUUUUAAAAUUACCCUGACUUCUAGUUUUCAUUAAAAUGGAAGCAUUCUUUAAAUAAGCUCAUGAGCUUAGACAAUCUUCACUUACUAGGUCAUUUACUCAAAUAUUCUAUUUCACUAAUUAUUUAUAUUGUGCUUUAUAAGAAGCUGUAGAAAAAUUGGCCUUUAAAGUAGAGUAGUAUACUGCCCAUCAAAAAGAAAUCUGAUUCUCUUCUGUAUAGUCAGAGAAAAUAAAACAGGUGAACUGAAAAAUGACAAUGAUUGUAGCUUAAAGAAUGUGCCAACAUUUUUCAAUGUUUUGUAUCAAGUUAUGUAAAAUUGUAUUAUACUCUCAUAAUUCCCAUGCUGAGAAAUGAACAAAAGCUAUAUUUUUGUUAAAAAUGUAAUAGAAUCUAACUCUGGUUGCUAUGUAUUAAAAUGCUAUAUUGUGUUUAAAAACUUUGUAUUUCCUGUUUAAUUCGUCAUUGCUAUUUAUUUCUAUCGAAGCCUAUAUAUAAAACUGAAUUUUAAUUAAUUUUUUUCAUAUUGCCUCAGUUGCCAUUUUUAUUUGGAAUGGAUUUGAUCCCAGAGAACCUUCCAUUUUCCAAUUGCUUCAGAAAAAAAUUGGCAGGGGAUGUUGUCCAAAACAGUGAAAUAUGUUGGAAGUAAUAAAGGCCCUUUUUCUCCAAGGUGUGUGUGUGUGUGUUGGGGAGAGGGGGGGAAUAGAAGAUCACGUUUUGCUUUCACUGGGAGUGUUCUGUAUUAACCCUGCUCAAGAGCUGCUCUUGCUUGUGAAAUAAAAAUUGAAUUCAAAUUAUAUACAUUCCCAAAUUUUAUUCUUCUUCAUGUACACUAUUCAGUUUAUCAAUCACAACAUAAUAAGCAAUGAAGACAACAAUACUGUAAAAUAUGCCUCAUAUAACAAAAGCCUCGAUUUUCAAAAAUUCUCCACUUCUGUGUUACUUGCAGGUGUUAACAAAGAAUUUUGAUGUGCAGAAUUCCUCAUGAGAAUUGGCUUUGAACCUGUAUGUUUCAGUAGACUUCUACCGAUUUGCACAAUAACUUUUUUGUUCACAAACUGUUCUAUAUAAUGUAGAUUUUGAAGAACAAAUAUAGAUUACACUGUUUUGUCAAAAUAUUUGAGCUGGCAAAUCAUUCAGUGAAAUUCUUUGCCUAAAAGAUUUAUUUUGUACAAAUCUGCAACAUAUUUCUAAAACUCAAUUCUCUUUAGAAAUCUGCCCCAACAUUCAGUUUAACCCCUGAUAGUAUAUGGGGAAAGAAUAGCUUGACAAUCCAUAGAUUCUAAACUGUUACUUCCUGACCGAGAGGAUUCUUCAAACUCAUAAAUAUAAGUUAUCACAGAAAUCUCAACAUUUGGCAUAAAACCAUAGUAAGUGUAUUCAUUAUGUUGUAUGUUAAAUUAGAGCAAAGCAAGAUCUUCAAAAUGAAAUUCCAAUUGAUUGCUUCUAUUAUCUAUCAUCAAAUGCUAUUUCUUGGCAAGAAAAUAUGCCAUUCUAAUAUCUUAUGUUUAAUAGGGCUGUACAGCAAUCUGGAUUCAGUCAAAAGGGUGCUUUGGGAUAUGUAAGGAUACUCAUACACCAGCUGCCUGUUGCUCCUUAAAUGAAAUUUUGCUUUUCCUGGGAUCUGGCAAAGGGCUGUAGAUUCGUGUUUGUUUCACCUGCCCUUAGGGAAAUGUGAAGAACUGUUUGAAGGCACCACAAGAACCUUGGUGCAUUUAUUGAGUGAAAAAUCCAAAAUUUGGCAAUGUCCCUGAUUAGGUCAUGGCUGAACAGAAUGGUCUGUUUACCAAAAUUCAGUUUCUGUGUAGAAACUAACAAUGCUGGAUCCUCUUCUCCAAAGUUGGUGGAGACAGCAGCCAUGCAUGGGUUAACUCUGUAAGUAUCCAAUAGGACUGAGUCUACAAAAUGUGACAUCAUAGCUCCUGAGGUAGCUCCUCCCACUUUUGAGACUCAGUCAAUCUUGGGCUGGCUGUACUUCUUGCUCUCUCCUCCAAUUUUGGACAAUUAAAUAGUUUUAAACUUCUCAAUUCAGACUAAAACCUUCAACUAAAAUUUCUCCCUGCCUCUAUUGGACUUUGCAAGGCAGGAGGAUCUAGUGGCAAGGUAAUCGUGCUCCUGCAGGUGGCAAGCAGGGCACCAGUGCUCCGCAGCAACCCUAGCUGCUGGCAGGCCCAUGAGGUAACUCUGCUGCCUUGCCUAGGAUUGGAUCACCUUUUCCGUCACCUCAAUACCAUCGCAGUAGCCUUAAAAGGCUCCGCUGCCACACGACGCUGAUUGAAGCUCGGCUACAGGCAACGGCCCUUUAAGCCACAGCCGCUUUCCCACUAGCGCAACUGCCGUGGCUGUGGCUUUGAUCUCCCUGCUGCCCACCGCUGCAGAGACCAGUGGUAUCUCCCUCAUUGUGGGACGCCGCCAGCGGCUUCUGCAACGUAACCCUUGCUAUCAGGGGCCGCUGCCAGCAGCUACCACCAAUGCUGCCACUUGCCACCAAUGGCCGUUUUGUCCCUGCCGCUCCUCCUAGCUCUACGAGGCUUGGGUUGCCUCAGCGGCCAUUUUCUUUGAGCGGGAAAGGUUGCGGUGGCCAUUUUGGGAGCCUGGAGGUGCCGUGAGUAAAGGCCAUGGCUUCUCUUCCUGGCCAGGAAUCCCCAGUGCCCUCAGUCUCAGUUAGAUCUCCAAACCCCACAGCAGGCCCAUCUGGGACCAGGGCUUCAAAGAAACGGGCAGCCCCUGAUCCCUCUUCCACUGGGCAUCCAGCUAAGGUAUCCAAGCUGGCUUCUUUCCGUAAGGCCUCAGCUGGGGAGGCCGAUGGUCUGGCCAGGGCCCCUCAAAGGCGGCCAAGGACAAAUCAAAGGACAAAUCAAAGAACAGAGUUUCCCUUCAUACUUUCCAGUCCCAAAGGGUGCUUGAGGCUAGUCCCCCAGUCAUCUUAUCUUCAGAUUCUGAUGAGGCCUUUUCCCCUCCUGCUCAGUGAGGAUGGGUCUGGGGAGGAUCAGAGCCCUACUCCGGAACCAGACCUCUUAUCCCAAGAUUCUGGGAGUCCUCCAUUCCAGUCUCACUCAUAUACCCCCGAUAUGGCAACCAUCAUAUCAGAUGCCAUCGAAAGAGGCAUUGCGGCAGGCCUCCAGCAUAAAUCUUCUUCCCAUUCUACUCUACACAGGACUUCCUCCGGUUCCAGCAAGCAUUGCAGGGGCAGAGACAGUUCCGUCUCUUUGUCGUGUGAGAUUCCUGGCUUGUCUACCCAGCCAUUAGUCUUUGGAGAGGAGGAAUGUCCAACUAGGGACUCGGAUCUGUUGGUGGCAGACCCACCUACUUUUGUGGGCCUCCGUAACCUGCUUAUUUUUCACUCUCUUCUCUUUAAGGCUAAGAAGAUACCUGGUAUUCCCGCUCCUAAGUCAUCCCAGGGAGCUGAUCCUAACAAGACUGACACCACAGACCCCCUCUUCUCCAAGGUGGAGAAGGACAUGAUACCUUCACCCAGGCUAUUCCUUGAUGUGGUCCAGAAUCAGUCGGUAUCCCCAGGUACAGGCCCUCUCCCAAACACCCUGGACAAACGUCUCUACAAUGUCAGACCAGAGCUGUUCAAGGUGCUCGAGGUACCUUCUAAAAAAGCUAUCAAAAGACCAAGCAGCUGCUCCUCGGUAAAAGUAAGAAUGACUCCAGAAAUGGUCAAACCACUGGAGUGCUGGGUGUUCCCGACCAUUGCCCAGGGGUCUCUCUUCAGGGAACCCCAGCGUCUCACGUUCACGACCAAUGCUAGCCUGAGCAGGUGGGGUGCUCACCUGAACUCUCAGGUGGCCCAGGAUCUGUGGUCCCACACCGACCAAACUCACAGCAUAAAUUGGCUGGAGUUGAGGGCCAUCCAUCUCGCCCUUCUUCACUUUCAGUGCGCAACAUCCACAUUCUGAUUCGUGUUUCAAAUGUUUUAUUCAUUUUCAUUUUUCAAUUUUGUACAUUCACUUAUAUACUGAAUAUUUGCAAUA